CCGAGCUCUGAAGUGACAGCGUAAGGUGUCACACGUCCCCACGCAGAGAUCGAAAGGCAGGAGUUAGUUUGGCUCAAGCUCCUGGGGAUCUGCAAUGGCUUUAGUAGUUCGAAGCGUGGCGCAACUAGCUGGAAUUUCACUCUCUCUGCUGGGAUGGGUUUUGUCCUGUCUUACAAACUACCUGCCACAAUGGAAAAACCUCAAUUUGGACUUAAACGAGAUGGAGAACUGGACCAUGGGACUCUGGCAGGUCUGUGUCGUCCAAGAGGAAGGGGGGACACAGUGCAAGGACUUUGAAUCCUUCCUGGCUUUGCCUGCCGAACUCAGGAUCUCCAGGAUCUUAAUGUUCCUGUCCAACGGGCUGGGGCUCCUGGGCCUGCUGGCCUCCGGGUUCGGCCUGGACUGCUUGAGGGUCGGAGAGACGCGGCCAGGCCUCAAGAAGGGACUGCUGAUCCUGGGAGGGACUGUGUUCUGGGCAGCAGGCGUUGCGACCCUGGUUCCGGUCUCCUGGGUCGCCCACGUGACCGUCCAGGAGUUCUGGGAUGAGACCAUGCCAGAGAUUGUGCCCCGGUGGGAGUUUGGGGAAGCCCUCUUUCUGGGCUGGUCUGCUGGGUUUUCCCUCCUCCUGGGAGGCUGCCUGCUGAACUGUGUGGCCUGCGUUACCCAGGCCGCUCCGGCUCCGGGCCCCUACGCGGUGGUAGAAACACAGUGUCACCGUCAGCACCUGGAGAUGAAAAAAGCCCGUCUGAAAGUCUAAGCCAGGAAGGAUCAGUGGCGUCUACUCUUCAAGUGAAGCUCACUCCUGUCUGGGUUUGGUAGGAUCUCCUGUUGCACAGCUGCCCGUUCACUGAGCUGUUUAAUUUUCUAAAAUGCACUUGUUUUUUGUUUUUUUUUUCUUCACUGUGGCUACUGGCUUCUUACAUUGCAAUUUCCUUCUAGGAGAGUAAACCACUGUCUUCUUCUAUUCUGAGACCAAAACCACUCAAGACUCGAUAGUAAUCACACUCAUUACUGUGGAUGAGUUUUCUCAAUUUUAAAAUAGAUUCAGUGAUUGCACAGAACCGGUAAAUAAAGCCUUAUAUCAGUGCCUCCGUAUCUUUGAAGGUGUCAUUCGUAGAGACGGGUCACUUUGGCAGCUGGAAAGGUUA